GUCCCUCCCUAAACCUAUGGAACGGGUGGUACCAGCCCCGUCAUUGGCUACCAGCUUCCCCUGUAAGCAGUGUGGAAAGAUGUUCUAUAAGAUAAAGAGUCGUAACGCCCAUAUGAAGAUCCAUAGGCAGCAGCAGGAUAACUGGAGACACCCCCCAGGCCUCGGCAUCAACCUAGCCCAGAACGUCACCCCCAACCUGGGCACCAAUCUACCCCAGCGCCAGGCUUCAGGUCGGGCCUACCUCCCAGGUCCCAUCAACAGCAACCACCACACUGGUGGUGCUCACACCAUCAUCAUCAACAACAACAUCAGUGUUCCAAACACCAAUACCAUAACCAAUAGCAACAGUGUCAGUGUCAUCGACUCCACCCCUAAUCAGAGAGGACACGCCCCCCUCCUCUCUGUCCAGCAAUCGUGGGACUUGUUUCAGUUGAACUCUGAUCCUGCGGCAGGGUUCUACUAUGACCCGGAAGUGAAAGGAGCCCUGGGGGUCACGGGGGGAGGGGUGAAAGGUCAAGUCCUCUGGCAGUAGAGUUCUAGAAUCAGAAUGAAUAGAACAGACAUGUAUAGGACUACAUUCACGUUUUGCACCAUCAAAAGCAUUUAAAAUAUAUAAAUAUAGUGAGAAAUAUGUAAAUGAUGUUUAAUAUGUAUUUAAAUGUUUUGAAUUUCAAUUUGUAUUAAAAUGGAUUUUUGUAUCUC